AUGCCUUCAAAAAAAUCAACUUCUAAAGAAAAUCUUUCCCAGCAACAAAUUUCAAUCAAUGUUGACCGAGAUGAUGGUUUGACGUCAAAAAACAAUAUAUCAUCAAAACUUUCUUCUGCUGGACAGAUUAUGGAAAAAGAUAUGACCUCUACAAAUAUCAUAAAUGAUACGAUAGAUAAAAAGAUUAUAAUAGGGCAGGAUACCCCUAAUAAAAUUAGUAAUAAUGAAGAGAAAUCUUCAUUAAAAACCGCGUCUCGCUCUAAAUCAAAUAUUACUCAGUCUCCAAAUAAAUCGAAUUCAACUUCGGUUCAUGCAAAACAAGUUAACUCUACAAAAGAAAAACAAAAACCAAAUCCAAUUAUUACUACUAUUCGUGCAAAAUCUGAUUCUGACAAGAAAAAAGUUACGUCUACUCCUAAAAUUAAGAAUGUAAAUUCUCGAAAACAAAACAAUGAAGUCAUCAUAGAUGAUGAUUCUUCUGAAAAUGAUAAUUCGUUAAAUAAAAAACGUUCCAUACCUCCAAAAUUGAAUCUCGCUUUCAAAAAUCGUCCUAUUGAUCCUCCAAAACAAUCUCCUUUGAGAUCAACUAUUACUUCUGAUUCAUUGGCAAAACCUCCUCUUAUACCUCCUAAAAUAAUGGAGUUACGUCGUUCCGGGUCUUUUACUCCAAAAUCUAAUAAUAAUACUGAUGAGGAUACUAAUUCUAUUCCCACAAAUCCUAAAAAAAAAUCUACAAAACAACAAACUUUCUCUUCUAAAGUCCGUCGUGGUUCCACUGUAAGAACUCAAGCUAAAAAGACUACUUCUGCUUUGGGCGUCUUACCUAAAGGUGAACUUAAUCAAGAAUUACUUGCAAGAUUGGAAGAACAAAAUUCUCAAUUAUCUCCUCAGGACUCUACUGAAUUUCUUCUUGCUCGUCUCGAACGUCAAAAUGAAAUGUUGGAUAACGAUCCUAAAUCUGUUUGCAUUAAAUAUAAUGUCCUCCAAGCCAAUUUGGAAACUGUUCAAUCCCUUAUCAAUAAUAAUACAAAUUUAUCUAUAAAGGAUGUUUCCGAUGAAAUAAUUCCUGUUACUGAAAAUGAUAACCUUUCUGAUAUCGUUGAUUUGGAUUUUUGGUCUGCAUUAAUUCAAGAUUAUACUUCGGUGGCUGCAAAAACUCCUCAUCUUCUUGCUGCAAAAUUACAACAAGGUUUACCUCAAAACUUGAGAGGUUUAAUUUGGCAAUCAAUGUGUCAAGCUUCUUCAACUUAUCUCGAAACUAUGUAUUCUCAACUUUUAUUGGAAUCUUCUCCUUAUGAUAAGAUUAUUCAACGUGAUUUAGCUAGAACAUUUCCUACUAUAGAAAUGUUUAAGGAAGAAAAUGGUGAAGGUCAAACUAUGCUUUGGAAUGUAUUAAAGGCUUAUAGUCUUUAUGAUCCUUUGAUGAAUGAAGUCCAAGCGUUUUGUGUUUUCGUUAGAUUGAUGGAAACAUAUGAUAUGCGAACAAUGUUUACACUUAACAUGGAAGGCCUUCAACUUAGACAUUACCAAUUCUCUGCUCUUCUCUCUCAAAUUCUUCCUGAUCUUCAUGCUCAUUUCCUUGAAUAUGGGGUUAAUGUAGCUAUGUUUGCUGCUCAAUGGUUCUUAUCCCUUUUUGCUUAUACAUACCCAUUACCACUUAUCAUGAGAAUUUAUGAUAUCGUAUUUGCUGAAGGUGCUCCUGAAACAAUCAUGCGUGUUGCCGUUGCUCUUUUACAAAAGAAUGAAGCUAAAUUACUUGAACUUGAAGAAUUUGAAGAUUUAUUGGAUUUUCUUACAACAAGCCUUUAUGAUUCUUAUAAUAAUGAACCUACUGGUUUAAUACGUGAUGCUAUGGCUUUAAGUUCAGUAAUUACAAAAGCAAAAUUGGAUCAACUUUCUGAAAUUUAUGUUAAAGAAUUAGAAGAUCAAAAGAAAAGAGCUGAUGAAUUAGUUGCCGUUAGAUUUAAUGGAAGGUUUGGUAGAAAUAAAAAAGAAAAGAAAAAUCGUGAAAAACGUGAUAAACCUAAUAAACGUUGGACAUUCGGUUCCAUUCCAAGUUCAAGGGAUUCUUCUAGUACUGCUAGUGAAUCUACUUCAGAAAAUGAAUCCUCUCAACUUCAAACUUCAAAUCCUCUUUCUCCAAGUAGUACAAACGUUGGAAUUUUACAUCAACAAAUCGAAGAUCUCGUAACUGUUUUAUCAAAUCUUCAAAAGGAACAUUUUGAUGUUACUGAACAAUUAGUAACUAUUAAAAUGGAAAAAAUGGAUUUCAUAUCAGAAAUUGAAACAUUAAAAUCGAAAUUAAGAGGUUUAGAAAAAGAAAAAAGAAUGUCAACUGAUUCAAUAUAUUCUAUUGAAUCUACAACUACUUUAAAUGAUGAAAAUUCUUCUGGACGAUCUACUAGAAUAUCAUCACCAGUAACUCCAACUUUAUCGAAAACAGAACUUUUUAUAAAACAAAACGAUACUUUAAAUUCAAAAAUUUCACAAACAAAACAUCUAUCCGAAUUAACUAUUGAUCAAAAAUCUUCCGUUUUAAAUAAUGAUACUACUGAUAAUUGGUCGAAUGAAUUUAAGAAAGGUUUUAUUAAUGAUACCACUAUGGCUGAUGAACUUGAACGUAUAAAAGAAGAAAAAUGGGAAUUAAUUCAAGAAAAUAUUGAAUUAGUUAAACGUGUUGAGGAAUUAGAGGUCGCAAUGGAAAAUUCUACAUUGACACAAAGUCAAUUAUUAGAUAAAAAUAUCUUUUUAAGGGAAGAAAUAGAACGACUUGAUGAAGAAGCUACACAAGCAUUAUAUGAACAAAGUACAAUGGAAAAUGAUGUAAAAGAGGUGAAAAAUUUAAGAUCUGAAAAUGCAAAACUUAUCACAGAAAAUGAAAGAUUCAAAAAAGAACUUGAAGCUUUACGACAAGGAACUACUGAUUCAAAUGAAAAGAUUGAUAUCCGUGAAAUUACUAAUAAGGUUGCAAAUACUCGACGUGUUUCAUUCUUGAGUUUCUUUGGUACCGAUUCAGGUCUUAAAUAUAAUUCAAAGAGAAGGAAUACUGAUCCAUUUACAGAUUUACAAAUUCCUGAAUGUAUUGGUGAUUGUGCCGCGAAAAAACGUGCAGAUAACUCGGAACAAAUGUUAAAUCAUGUUAAAACAUUACUUGAACAAAGUGAAGCAGCUAGGAACGCUAUGAGUGUACAAUUAGAAGAACUAAAUAAUUUGAUAAAUGGUUUCAGUGACAUUUCGGAUCUUGUACCUUUUGAACCUGAGGAAAUAAAUUCAAAACCAAACCGAGGAAAACGAUUUUCGACAUUAUCAUUAGCAUCAUUUUUUG